AUGGGGAGGUGGAGGGAAGGUGUUUGGCUUUGGGAGUUUAAUUGGCUGAGACAAUUACUUCAAAGGGAAACUGAAAGUGUUAAUGAACUUUUGCAGCUGAUUUCGUGCUUUUCUCCUGCAACUGUGAGAUGUGAUGAGUGGUGUUGGACUAAGGAUGGUUCUGGAAUUUAUUCUGCAUGUUUUGCAUAUGAAUUUUUGCAGGGUAGGGUCGAAUCCUUAGCAGUGGACGAAAGGGUGUUUACCAAACUGUGGGCAACAAAAGCUCCUUCCAAUGCGCUGGCUCUUUCAUGGAAGAUUUUGAAUAACAGGAUUCCAACCAAGGUGGAACUAGCAAGGCGUAACGCUUUACCAGGAGGAUUGAAUACAGCCUGUGUCUUGUGUGCUGACAGUGAGGAAUCUAUUGCUCAUUUAUUUCUGUCUUGCAAUAUAUCUUGGAGGAUUUGGAUGCAAGUUUAUAAGUGGUUGGGCAUGUCAAUGGUUCUCACUAAUUCUGUAAGUCAACACUUUCUACAUCAUGUGAUUCUGGGUAUUAAUGGUAGAGGAAGUAAGGCUGCCUCACUUAUUUGGGUAGCCACUGUUGGUGUCAUUUGGAAUUUAAGAAAUGGUGUGGUUUUUAGAGGGGUUUCAGUAGACACCGCAAGAAUCCUAGACAGUAUUCAAUUCAGAACCUGGUUGUGGCUCAAGGCGAACAAUUCAUCAUUUGGGGUGUCAGUUUAUGAGUGGAUUGAAAACCCAAGAGUCAUGUUUAUUGCAAGGAGAGAUGUUAUUGGAAUUGUUAAUUUACUCUUCGUGGGGGCAGCUAGCUUGGUGAUCCCUGUCAGUACUUUGGCGUGGAACUUCUUUCAUUCUUUGUGGAGCUAUUUGAUUUUAUACUACCAUUUGGAAUUUUGCUGCAUUGUGUCAUGA